UUCCGGUUCUGGCCCCCCAGCUUCCGGUUUGGCACUUCCUAAGGAAGAGGGAAGAGAAACUGUUCCAACUGAAGCGCCCAGGCUUAACAGGGCGCGAGUAUCGUUUCUCGGAGGUGGUCGGAGGCCCGGAGGGGUGGCUGUCGUGGCGAUGGAGAAGCUCCGGCGGGUGCUGAGAGGAGAGGACGACGAGGAGCAGGGGCUGACAGCGCAGGUCCUUGAUGCAUCAUCCCUGAGUUUUAAUACUCGAGUGAAGUGGUUUGCAAUAUGUUUUGUAAGCGGCAUUUUGUGUUCUCUCCUUGGGACAGGAUUGCUCUGGCUUCCAGGUGGAAUGAAACUCUUUGCAGUGUUCUAUACCUUCGGAAAUAUUGCUGCUUUAGCCAGGUAUGGUCUUUUUAUAGUCAUCUUUUUUUUAAUGAGAUUGAUGUGUUUCCACAUUACUUGCAAAUUGCAAAUAAUCUUUGCAUAUAGAAUUAAGUGGAGCUCUUUUGAAAUUUGUUGUGUACAAUUGCCAGAUGUAAAAAAAAUAGCAGAAGGGAUGCCAUUAUAGGUUUUAACUAAUGAAUGCCAUUUCAACUCAUGUAAUGGGUUGAACCCUCUCCUUUUCUAUCUCCUGAGUACACCCUCAGAAGUUGCUCUGGAUGAUUCCCUGUCCAUCCAGAACUGGACAGGCUAUAUAGAGUGGAAUGAGGGAGAAACAUUGAAUUCUACCAAUUGGCAUAGACAUAGAUGGACAAAACGGGACCAGGUGACCCUAACAUUAUGGUUAUGACUGGGAAGUUACGACAUCCUGUACCUGUGUGUGUCUGCAUGCGUGUGUGUGUGUGUGUGUUUUGGAUGUUCUUUUUCAAAUUUAGUAAUAUACUUCACUCAUAACCAUACUGAUUAAAAAGUUCAGCUCUGUAGUAUCUGUACUGCUAUGCCAUUGAGUACAGGUAGUCCUCAGUUAACAACCACAAUAGGGACUGGAAAAUUGGUUGUUAAG